ACCAGGCCCAAAUAUAGCAAUAAAAACACAAAUCUUACUCCCAGGUGGGUUAGAAUUUGGGCCCCACCAAACCCAGAUACUCCAAAAGAUGACGAUGAUGAAGAUCAAUAUUGGCGAAGAACCAGAUUUUCUACGGAAGUUCGCAAAAAUGUCCAAAAGUUUUGCUGCUGAUGCUAAGCACCAAAGGCGGUGCCAGUGUAAGAAGAUACAAUUGCUCAGUACACAGAAAUGCUGUCACCAGCAUUGGUGCAGUAAUAGAUGGCAGCGCUCGUGUGGGAAAGGAGCAGAUAAUAGCCAUGAAGAUUGCAGUUCGCGAUAUAUACAGAGACAGUUGCAGUCAGAUUGCUCUGCAUGUUCGAGAUUCCUCUGAAAGCUCGGUGCAUGCCACUGCCAUUGCAUCCAAGAUUAUAAGUGAUAAGAGAGUUGAAGUCCUAUUGGGAACAUUUUCGUUAUCUGAAGCUGUAUUCUUAUCAGAAAUUCAUAAGAAUUUCUUGGGCACUCCUAUUGUUCUCUUAACUCCAACUGCUAUGUCUCCACCCUUAGUACCACCGCCAUCAAAUUUGCUCCAAUUGUCACAUAAUUUCUCCAUUCAUAUGCAAUGCCUUUCUGCCAUUAUUGGGUAUUUUCGAUGGAGAAAAGUGACAGUUAUAUAUGAAAGAAGCAAUCUUUUCCCCAUGGAUUCUGCACUUCUUGCUGUUCUAUCUGAUUCACUAAGGUCUAUUGAUGCAAUUAUAGAGCAUCAGGUAGCCUUUCCUCCUAUAUCAUCUUUGUCGGACCCUGAAAAAACAAUUGAACAAGAACUUGACAAACUCAGAAGUGGGGGCAAUCGCGUCUUUGUACUUCUGCAUUCUUCCCUUCAAUUAGCCACCUGUCUUUUUCAAAAGGCAAGUGAGAUGGGGAUGAUAGAAAAAGGGUUUGUCUGGAUAAUAUCAGAUGAGAUUGCAAGUUUACUAGAUUCUGUUGAUUCAUCAGUCAUUGCUUCCAUGCAAGGAGUCGUUGGAUACAAAACAAAUAUUCUUGAUAUCAGCAAAUCCUACAAAGACUUUGAGGUUAAAUUCAAGCAAAGAUACAUCGCCAAAUUCCCCUAUGAUCAUGGAAAUCCGAAUCCAACUUUGUUUGCUUUGAGGGCGUAUGACAUUAUACACGCGAUUAGUAAGGGUAAAAAUGCAGCAACAAAGUCAAAUUCUAAAGAGUUGUUCCUCAACCUCUUGUUGAGUAACUUUGAAGGAUUGAGCGGGAAUGUGAGAUUUAGAAAUGGCGAACUAGGGAAACUUCCGAACUUCCAAAUCAUCAAUGUAGUUGGGAAAAGUUACAGGGUGUUAGCCUUUUGGUCAUCUGAGUUUGGCUUUUCAAAGAAACUUCCUUCGCAAAAUGAUCACGUCAUGCUUGUUGAAUUAGGCCCUAUUUAUUGGCCAGGCGGUGAGCAGGAAGUUCCUACAGGAUGGAAUAUAACUGCUACAAAUGCAAAGCCACUGAGAAUAGGUGUGCCUGCUUCUGGUGCUUUUCAUCUGGUUAAUGUAAGCAUCGUGGAUAACCGGACAUCCAUCACAGGAUUUGUUAUAGAUGUGUUUAAUGCUUCUCUUAAGUACCUUCCUUAUAAUCUUCCUUUUGAGUUGGUUCCAUUUUCUGGCAAAUAUGAUGAAAUGGUGCAUCAAAUCCAUCAAGGGGUCUUUGAUGCAGCGGUUGGUGAUAUCCUGAUAGUAGAAGAAAGAUACCAUUGGGCUGACUUCUCCCAGCCUUUUGUGAAAUCGGGAAUGAAUAUGAUUGUGACAGUCAAAGAAGACAAGACAAAGGAAAUGUGGAUAUUUACAAUGGUCUUCGAAAAGAAAAUGUGGGUUCUCGUUUUAUCGAUGGGCCUCUUCAUAGGAUUCGUUGUAUGGUUAGUAGAACGUCGAAGAAAUCCAGAAUUUGUUGGUGGUUCAGUCUUACAGCAACUUGGGACAGUUUUUUGGUAUUCCUUCACCUUGUUAUUCUUUGCACAAAAGGAGUCACCUAGGAGCAAUUUAUCCAAGAUGGUCCUUGUACCAUGGUAUUUCCUAGUACUGAUGCUUACAAUAUAUUUCCAAGCCGCACUUACCUCCCUAAUGACUGUUUCUCAACUCUUGCCUUCUGUGAAAGAUGUGGAGUCUCUAAGAAGGGAGAAUGCUGUUGUUGGGUGUAAUCGGAACUCUUUCGUCUGUACUUACUUAGUUGAUGUUUUGCACUUUAAGCCAGAGAAUAUUAAGCAAAUGCCUUCUGUUGAGGACUAUCCUCUAGCUUUUGAAAACGGUGAAAUCAAGGCCGCUUUCUUUGUUACCUUACACGCGAAAGUUUUUCUUACAAAGUAUUGCAGGGGUUACACUCUUGCAGGACCAACUUACAACUUUGGUGGUUUUGGCUUUGCAUUUCAUAAGGGAUCUGUACUAUCCUCAGACAUGUCACAGGCUAUUUUGAAAGCAACUGAAAGGGGAGAAAUUGAGGGUUUGCAGCAAGAUAUGUUCGCCCGUUACAAAUGCUCCACUUCAACCAUAAACAACAGCACCACAUUUGUAGGCCCUAAGCCUUUCUAUGGGCUGUUCUGCAUUUCUGGGUGUAUAGCAGUAGUUGCACUUCUAGUCAUUGUUAUUCCUUCAGUUGAACAACAAUGGCAACUUUUGAGCGUUGUAAAGGAAACAAUGAUUAGAAGUAGCUCGUGGGUUUCGAUGAUGGUGUCGAGACACCGAACCGGGUUUAGAUAGCCUUGGCUGAAGCCGGAUUCCACCAGUUCCACUACUUAGCCAACUGUUGCAGACAAGAACAGAUGGCUGGUGCUGGAACGACCCGACACGAAAAAGUAUGGCCCGACAUGAGCACGAAGUCGUGGGCCGGGCCUGGGCUGCAAUUUUGGAAAAAGAAUGACAAGGUACGCUAAAUUUAGUUAAAUUGGGCUUAGAAACAACGGCCCGAGCCGGACAGCCAGUGGUCCUGGGACCUGUUUUGAACUUUUCGGUCCAGCAUUGGUACGAUGAUGAGUGGGCUUGGUAUAGGCUGGGCACGUUAGGCCCACCAUGGCCCGUGGGCCUAGACCCUAUUUCGAACUUUUCGGCCCGGCUUGGCACAAUGCAGAGUGGGCUUGGUGUGGGCACAAAGCCCGACCUGACCCGGCCCACAACCGUCUUUACAGCCAAGCAGUUUAGCUAGUUGUACAGUGCCUGAUGCAAUGCAAUGUCCAUCGAGGCCAUGAUGGCUGCCUAAGUUCGAUUGUAUAUUGAAUCUCUCGGUUGUAAGUAGUAUAUUGAAAUCCAGUCUCCUUAUCAUCUGAUAUUCGAAAGUAUAUUCAAGAACUUUGUGAUUUUCUUUUCUUGUUUAUCUUGGUGCCAAACUCUUGUAUCAAUAUUGUUUGUUUUUGUUAAAUGUGAGUUUAGAACAAAGUGUCAUAGACUCUUAGUCUAACUGAGAUUUUGGUUAAAUUACUUACAAGAUAUUCAGGUAAUUAUGCAUUCAAGUUUUGCAUU